AUGCUUGUCGCACUGAUCAGCAUCCCUAAAACAACAAUAACAACAACAACAGUGACGGCAACAACAGUGACGACAACAACGGCAACAACACCAACAACAACAACAGCAACGACAACAACAACAACAUCAACGACAACAACAUCAAUGACAUCAACAACAACAUCAACGACAUCAACAACAUCAACGACAUCAACAACAACAUCAACGGCAUCAACAACAACAACAGCGACGACAGUAACAACAACAACAAUAACGACGACAACAACCAAUGAAUUCAUGGGUAAUAGAGUUAUUGUUUGGUGCAGAUAA